GCCCGUUUGCCUCGACUAAGAGCAAUUGUGCUGCAUAGUCUGAUAUUAGAAGAUAAUCGAGCUGGUGAGCGAGUCACUGUUGAUUCAAGGAAGAAAAAUCCUGCUGAUUUUGCUUUAUGGAAGUUCAACUGCAGAAGUUAUGUUACAGUCGAUCUGCAAAGGAAGGUGAACCCUUCUGGGACAGUCCAUGGGCACUGGAAGACCUGGUUGGCAUAUCGAGUGCAGUGCCAUGAGUACUGCUUAUCUGGGUUACUCUUUUGACAUACAUGGUGGAGGGAUGGACCUUCUGUUUCCCCCACAUGAGAAUGAAAUUGCUCAGAGUUGUGCUGCUUGUAAACAAAGUUAUAUAAGCUACUGGAUACACAAUGGUUUUGUCACUAUAGACUCUGAACAAAUGUUCAAAUCGCUAUGGAACUUUUUUACAAUUCGACAGGUAAAGUGACUCGGUCACCAGCUCGAUUAUCCUCUAUGUAUUCUGUGAAGUGCAGUUGUUGGUUUGAUAUCCACAUGAACAUUGAUAAAUUCCCUCUGGUGAAAUAUCCUGUGCUGGUAAUACAUGGUUAUGUGAACAAUUUGAUGCAAGGGAGAAGUAACAGCAGUCAAUGGAGGAGUUUGUGUAAAUUGUUCAGCAGCAUUGGGAGUCAGUACAAAUCGUCUCGGACAGGAAAUCUGUGGCUAAAGACCAAUAGGUACAAGAAUCUGUCCCUAAUACCAUCAAUGGCCAUGAAAUUAUGGCUGUGGCCAUAG